CUCAAAUCUUUCUGCCCACGCAAACCUCAUCUGGCAUCUGCUGUGAGCUUGUUUGGCCAAUCGCUCUCAAUGCCGUCAUCAGCCUUACCACAUAAGCGAUAUUCACACUUAUGAGCAGAUCAGCAUAUUUUACAGCCCUGUCACUCACGGAACGCGAUAUCUUGGAGUGACUUCGUUCAGCCGCUGCAGCCCUUACUUUUCGCCCAAGUCUCUCGUUAUCAGCUUCUUGCAUUCGGAAUGGAGUCUCCUGGUGCCGCGAACGCAAACGCUGGCGAGACCACGCCUCUGCUGCCCGCGUCCGAAACCCCUCGACCGAAGCCCGUACGAACAGUCACAUUCAGCGCCAAUCCCGUCAGCCGAACCAUCGAGCCAGAGCCUCAUCGCCUCCCAAGGAGCUAUGCUUCCCAUAAUGUACAUCUCCAGGGCAGCAGCAGCAUCGGCGCCGGCCCGCCAAUGCUGGCAGCGUUGAACAGCAAACUCCGCCGGCGAAAUAGCCAGGGACCCGUCCCUGCGAUUGCUUCGGUACAGGGGCUGCCCAAAAUUGGUCCACAGAGAAGCACGAAGAAGACCGAAAAGCUCAAGCUGCUGCCAAAUCCCGACUUUGGCGACGAGGGCGAAGAUGAGGAAAGUGGAAGAGAUGUCUAUUCUCAAUAUACGCGAAUCAAGGACCCGACGGCGCGAAGAGAUGCUGCGCGGCUUGGAAAGGCAGAUCGAGAUCGACUGCCGCGUGUCACGGCGUACUGCACAGCUAACCGCUAUGAGAUGGACGGGCUCAUGAGAUUUCUCAAAGGGCGAGGGAAAACUCGCGGCGCAAACCCAAAGCUUAUCGAUGAGUGUAUAUACACGCCGUACAUGUACGGAAAAAGUCAUCGCAGCAAUGACCUCGCCUUGCCGACUCUGGAAAGGCGCCACUCUACCGGAGGCGAACUAGUAGACGGCGAGGCUGGGCAGGAGGACUACAGGCCUAAACAUCACGAUCAACAGGAACCCGGCUAUGGGGAAGGGUUAAUGAUUGACGAUCGCCGAGAGGGAGCGGGCGAGCUCCCCAGCGAAGAGCUGCUAGGACCUACCAUGCCGGAAGACCUGCCCAUCAAGGAUACGGUCCCUGAUUUUGACAUUCAGGUCCAUACGCCAGAAAUCUUCCUGUUUGACUAUGGAGUGGUAGUAAUAUGGGGCAUGACGGAAGUACAAGAGGCCAAGCUUUUGAAGGACAUUUCCAAAUUUGAACUCGAGAAGCUGGCCCCUGAUGACGUUGAGACGGAGCAUUUCAACUUUUACUACACGAGGGAAUACCAAGCGCGAAUUUACAAUGAUUUUAUCACGCUCAGAGACAAGAAUAACUACAUGACCAAGCUUGCCAUCUCACACGCAUUAGCACAGAGCGUCAAGACAUCACUCUUCGAAGAACUCAUCGCUUCUACCAUUGAUACCUGCAAGGAUAUCCCAACUCAAAUUGCCCUGACUGGUAAAGUGGCCCUGAAUCGGAAACAAAUCAACAUGCAGAUCGGAGAACUCUUCAUCUUGAGAAUCAACAUCCAUCUCAACGGCUCUGUGCUAGAUACUCCCGAGCUGUUCUGGGUAGAACCUCAAUUAGAACCGGUCUAUCAAGCAGUCCGGAGCUAUCUUGAGAUGGAUCAACGAGUUGGUCUGGUGACAGAGCGGCUAGAUGUAAUUGCCGACCUGCUGGCUGUUCUCAAAGACCAAUUGACUCACGGCCAUGGCGAAAUGCUCGAGUGGAUAGUAAUCAUCUUGAUUGCCAUGGAGAUUUUGGUGGCUGCGAUAAACAUUGUUGUAGAUCUGUAUGCUGGAGAAUGAUUGGGAUGUUUACUGCCUUGUUUUUUCUACUUCGUUGGGUGGUAAUGGAUAUGGAGCUCUGUUGGGAAAUUUGACGUAAUGCUUGGGAUAGGAUGUUUGCAUUUAUUAUGAUUGCACGGAGUACAGCGGGUAGGUCACAUGGGUGAGGCGGCGUUGAUAUUCUGGGCGAAGCGAACUUUAGCAUCCUUAUAAUGCAAAUAAGACAAUUUCUUGGGACUUAAGAGGACUGGCAUUCUUCAUCUGAAUGUAGGCCGUGUUGUCGGUUUUUAGUAGACUAUUUAAUAUACAUGCAUCCAAAGUUCCAAAAAAAAAAAAAAAAAAAA